GUUUGGAAAUUAUUGCCCCCGACACCGAUCUCAAGUGCGUUCGGAGAGUGUAUGCGUGAGAUUAUUGAGAGUGUGCCGAGGACGUGCGACACGAAGAGUAAAGACUUAACAUUUUCAGACGUUGUUGCUAUGGAUGAUGAAAAUCAAGAAAGAGACGACGGAACGAGGGACAAGAAUCAAGUGUGUGACGAAAUCAUGACAGGUGUUGCUCCUUUCGACACUAUAUGUGAUGUUGGUAAGGACAUAACGACAUUUCAGAACGAAGUGUCAUGCCACAUCGAUUAUCAUCCACAACAUUCAAUCGGGAAGGUGAGGAAGUUGUCGAGGAACACCAUUGAUGAGAUAUCGGACAAGGAGAAAGACGAAGUCAAUGAGAGUAUGAACGUGACGAUAACGGAGAACGACAGAGCAUUGAAGCCAAAAGUGAAGAAGGUGAACAUGUUAAAGUCAAGUGGUGUAAAUAUCGUAAAUGAUGAGAAGGCGGUGCAAGAGGAGACAAGUGGAGUCAAUGGAGAUAGGAAUUCGAGAUCAUUGAGAAAUGUAAUUUCACUCACUAAUGAAAGGGUUUCAUUGGAGACAAAAAAUGAUGGGGACAAAAACUCUCAAAUGAUUUCACAUCUUCAUGAGGAUGAACAUUUCGGAGUUGAGAACCGGACGCUACCACCUUUGACUUUGAACACCGUUGCUGAGUAUUUUCUUUUCAAUUAGCGUCCCUCCCACACAGAGUCUUUUUUUAUCAGGAUGGAUGAUGUUGAGUCGCUGGGAUCGGCAAGGUGGCUGACAACAAAUAUUGUUGACGUUC